CUGUUUGAUUAGGUCAUCCGGUUUUCUUACUUUUUUAAAAGUAAUUUAUAUACAGGCCAUUUUGGUAACGGGGGAAGUCAGGUAAGAGGUUCAUAGGUUGGGUAUUUUAACAAAAAUAAAGGUCAUUUGUGUGGGUUAUGGUAAGUUGAAUAUCACAGAUAUGUAAGAUAUAAUCGGAAUACUUCUUUAUCAAUAUUUAUAACUAAGUUUACAACAGUUAAGACAAUUCUAUUUCAUUAUAUUCAUAAAGUGCAGAUUUAUUAAGUCAUAAAUAUAAUUUCAAACUUAGAAAUAUAUUUUCUAUAAUUAAAUACAAAUAUUUUAAUUUAAUAUAAUAAUAAGCAAUGUGGAACAUUAUCUCGCCAAAUGCCGAAGGUGGCCAGUAAAAACUCCUUUGAGGACGUGUCAUUACAACACCCAACUGAAAAAAGGCACUCCCUCCAACCUUGGCCACAUUAUCCGGCCAAACUUAUUAACCCCUGGGCCGCAAAACUUUAAUUAGAUAGCCCUGCCCGGUGGAAAGUCGGUGGAUAGUCGGUGGAAACUCGGUGGAUAGUCGGUGGAAAGCGUCGGAAUGCGAGUAAAUCAGGUUGAUGAGUGACUGACUGACAGUCCGGGUCUCCCGGUUCACGGAGUUCGGACAAGUUUAAUUAGAUCUGCAUAUGCAAUGAGGACUCCAGUCCUCCAGUUCUCCAGUUCUCCAGUUCUCGAGUCCUCGAGGGUUCGUUCCGGUAAACAGGUUAACGAACCAGCCGCGAAUGGAGAACUGAGAACGUAAAAGUGGCCAACAGUUUGCGUUUGGCGGCGAAAGGAUGCGCUGCCUGGGAAUCCUGAUUGUGGCUUCCAUAUCCCUGGCGAUGGCCACCUUAAUGCCCAUGCCCAAGCAUCCGCCACUUAAUGGAUACGAGAUGCACCUGAAAGUGUUGCUGCAGAAAAUCCUGUGGGCUGCCAAUGUGAAGCGAUGCUUUGGCGUCAUCACCGAUGAUCUGCAUUAUCCCAUUUACGAUAGGGUAUUCUUCGAGUCGGUGGGUCGCCAAGUGAUACCCUUCUUUGUGAUGCGCGCCAAUGCCAGUGAGGAUCUGCAGCGUCCUACCAAACAAGUGGAGCUUUACAAAGCCAUCAAAUCUAGUGAUUGUGAACUGAAUGUAAUCACCAUCCUGAAUGGCUGGCAGGUGCAGCGAUUUCUUAACUAUAUAUACGACAGCAGAGCUUUGAAUAUGCAGAAAAAGUUUGUAUUAUUACACGAUUCGCGGUUUUUUGAGAGCGAAAUGAUUCACCUGUGGAGCGUUUUCAUCGGCGCCAUUUUCCUCAAAAGGCAGUUGGACAACAAGUAUACUAUUUCCACCAUAGCUUUUCCGGGCAUUUUGAGCGGCGUUUUGGUGACGAAGAACAUUGCUGAUUGGGAAUUGGGCAAAGGUGUGAAUGGCAGGAUUUUAUUUGCGGACAAAACGAGCAACUUGUUCGGAACCUCGCUGCCCGUGGCCAUUUCCGAGCACGUGCCCAUGGUUCUAUGGGCGAAUGCGACCAAGAGCUUCCAAGGAGUUGAGGUUGAGAUUAUGAACUCACUGGGCAAGGCCCUGAAUUUCAAGCCCGUCUACUACAAACCCAAUCAAACUGAGACUACAAACUGGGAGCUGGAUGCUGCUGCCUAUGGAGCUGGUAAUCCAGAACAGAAUGGCACACACAUCGAUUCGAUGCUGGUGGAUGAGGUGGCUGACCACAGUGCCCGCUUUGCCAUUGGGGAUUUGCAUCAGUUUCAGGUGUAUCUGAAAUUGGUGGAGCUCAGUGCGCCGCACAAUUUCGAGUGCCUGACCUUUCUCACACCCGAAUCCUCCACGGACAACUCCUGGCAGACCUUCAUCCUGCCCUUCAGCGCCGGCAUGUGGGCGGGUGUACUGCUCUCCCUGUUUGUGGUGGGCACGGUUUUCUAUGCCAUCAGUUUCCUGAACGCCCUUAUCAAUGGCAAUGUGUCCGCCGAGUUCUUUCGCUGCCUGCGUCGCAAUCGCACUGUGCCCAUGGAUCCACAGAUCUAUCGUCGCAUUAGUUUCCGCAUCGCCAUCAGUCGCUAUCGUCCAUCUAAAGGGGAUAGGAUGCCACGUGAUCUCUUCGAUGGCUAUGCCAACUGCAUCCUGCUCACCUACAGCAUGCUCCUGUAUGUGGCUCUUCCGCGAAUGCCUCGCAAUUGGCCACUGAGAGUACUCACUGGUUGGUACUGGAUCUACUGCAUCCUGCUGGUGGCCACAUACAGAGCCAGCUUCACUGCCAUUUUGGCCAACCCCGCUGCCAGGGUUACUAUAGACACACUGGAGGAUCUGCUGCGAUCUCAUAUCCCGCCAUCAGCUGGGGCGAAUGAGAACAGGCAGUUCUUUCUGGAUGCCAAUGAUGAGAUUGCUAGGAAAGUGGGCAAAAAGAUGGAAGUCAUCGGAUACAGCGAUGAUUUGACCUCUCGCAUUGCCAAAGGUCAGUGUGCGUACUAUGACAACGAGUUCUAUCUGCGAUAUCUUCGAGUGACGGACGAAUCCGGAUCAGCACUGCACAUCAUGAAGGAGUGUGUGCUCCAUAUGCCCGUGGUGCUGGCCAUGGAGAAGAACUCGGCGCUGAAGCCACGCGUAGAUGGCUCCAUUCAGCAUCUGGCGGAGGGUGGUCUGAUAUCCAAGUGGCUGAAGGAUGCCACACAACACCUGCCGGCGGAGGCUUUGGCCCAGCAGGAGGCCCUCAUGAAUAUCCAGAAAUUCUGGAGCUCUUUUGUGGCCCUGUUCAUUGGUUACGUAAUCGCGAUACUAACGCUGCUCGCCGAAAGAUGGCAUUUCAGGCACAUUGUCAUGAAACAUCCCAUGUAUGAUGUGUACAACCCCGUCUUGUAUUAUAAUUUCAAGAGAAUAUAUCCACAGCAUUGAAGUCAAAGUUUUACAGAAUUUCAAGAGAAUAUAUCCACAGCAUUGAAGUCAAAGUUUUACAGAAUGCCAAGGUUAUUUUCUAGAUAUAUGGAUAUUUUUUUUGCACAUUACUUGAGAAACAUUCCAUACCACAACAGGCCUAAGUAAAUAAUCUCAAGUACUGCAAGUUGUCAAUCGAGCAGAUACAUUCCACAAAGUAAUGAUAUAUAUGCACACACAUAUGCCCAAUGUUUAUAAUUGGUGGGCAAAUGACAAAUGUAUCGCGGUACUCGAGCACUGAAUGGCAAUCGAGAAGCUGAAAAGUCUUCAUUGACGUAACGCAUCACUGAGAAAAAAGGGUGGGGGGUUCUUGGGGGGCAAAUGCGAUCGAUGAAUAUAGUGCCAUUUAUCACGAGGAGCCAAGUGGCCUCAAGUACCAGUGGCAAUGUGGUGGUGAAUAAAUUCAAGAGCCCGGAUUGCUUCAAUCACUUUUCGUAAAUACUCGUACUGAUUUGCAUUGUUUAUGAGUUAAUGCACAUUAGGCAUUAUUUGUUUAUGGCCAUAUCACAAAUCCAACGAAAGUUGAAAUGAUAAAAGCCCAUAAAUAAAGCCAUUUUUAAGUGCCACACUAAACCGAAAACCCCAAAAACCGAAAAAAAAGAUCCACACAACAAUUCUAUAUAAAAACCGAAAAUCCUCUCGAUUUUUCGGAGCUCACGGGCACUUCAAGAAUUUUUGAAUGGAAAAGGAAAUUAAAAUCGAACAUUUUCAUGCGAUGAGAUAGCCAGCCAGCCAGAAAACAGACGUGCUAAGUAAUGCACCAUCCAAAGGUUAAUAACAAUCAUAAUAAUUAAUAGGCCUUUGUUUUUGUUUGGCCAUCUCUUUAGAAGUUUUCCAUAUAUCUUUGCCUUUUUUUUGUUUGAGGUGUGGCAACGGAAAAUUGUUCGUGUUGAGGAACUGGCAUAUUUAUUAAAGGAAUUAACGAAUUACUAAUAAUAUUUUAAAACUUUCAAAGGUGCUGCAGAAAUCUUUUUAAAGUUUAAACCAAAAAUGUAAUUAUAAACUCAACAAAAAAUGUGAUUUUUGCUUUUCAGUUUAUCCUAAUUGAAGUGCCAAACUAUUUAAUUACAAUACCAUUUAAUUUCUUGUUUUCCCUUUUUCUGACAAUUUGCAAAAUUAUGACCACCAAUAUAUGCGUGCAUAAAAACUUAAAAAUCCAUUUAUUUAUUACCCAAAACUGCAUAAAUAUUUAAUAGCAUUUGUUUACAGAUUGUGAAGAGUGCUUUUUCCACCGUGAAAUUGUUUCGUUUUGUUUUUCUUUGUGAAAAAUAUUUAUGGCAGUUGUGUUUGUUUUGUUUCGGCUCAAAAUUGUUGUGUACAUUCCUAUUUCAUAUAAUUUCAUUAGUUUUGCUUCAUUUUAUUGUGCUUUUUGUUGGCUCUCGUCGUGACUUCCCCUCUUCACAUGUAUUUUUUUAUAUUCAGUGACCAGCAGGGAUUAAAAUUCAGCUGCAUAACGCACUGAAAAAAAAUGGUUUACAAAAUUUAAAAAUAUAUUACGUAAGUAGGCUUUUAAAAAUAAUUCAAAUGGAGUCCGCUUUUUCUCCCAUUUGACAUCUUAAUUGGUCCGCUGUUCAUUUAAUUAUAUUCAUUUACAGUCUGUCACCGAUAUGAAGAACUAGAUUUUACCAAGCUCAACGUGGCAAUAAUUGAUACUCACAAAUUUUCAAACAAUCGAAAAACCACUAGAACUUCAAAUUUCAAUGAACCCACCCUACGUUUUUACAUUUUUUCAACGAUGUUCAAAUGUAUCGACGAUCUAGACAAUGUAUGGAAUAAAUGGUUUGUUAUUUCAAGAAAAAUAUUUUGUAUUUUAUCUAAAACAAAAAAGUAUAUAUCAUCAUUUUUUCGAGUACCUUUCAAGUUGAUUCGACUUGAGAGUCACCAGUUUGUUGAAUUUAAUUGCGUUUUUUGAUUGCGUUUUCAGUGUUAUACGAAACCUAAUUGACGUUUCCUUUUAUCCCCAAACAAACAACUUUUGGCUGUAGAAACACCCACACUUCAUUCUGACAUUCCCGCAUUCCCGCUUAUAACAACAUUGUUUUGUUUUGUUUUCGUUUUGUAAUUAAAAUUAUUAUUCAAAUAUUGCAUAUCUAAGAGUUCCACUUUCGUACUUUGUUUACUUUCAUCGAAAAUAUCCAUGUAUCCAUCGCAUUCGUUACACUUGGGCCUUGAUUUCAAUUAUGUCCACGGAUAAUAUUAAAUAUUCCAGUUAGCUGAUCUAAUUUGCAUAGAACGAAUCUAAAAACAAUAAUCACAAAAUUGGAUAUUUAAAACUGAAAGAGAGAGAAAACAGUAUUGCGUUUUCCUAAACACAAAAUAAGUAUAUUUAUAUGCACAUAUGAAGUCUACGAUUUUCAUUAUAAUUUUGGCAUUCUGAUAAUCUCAUUCAAAUUUAUUAGAGGACAUUGAACCCAAGAAUAUUUUUAAUCCAAACAACAAUUUUGUUUCUUCAAAUUUGUUUAUUUUUAUCAUCGUUUAUUUUUGUUUAUCUAAAAUUAUUGGAGAAAUAAAAUAACAAGAAAUAGGACACAAUACAAAAAACAAUUCAUUCAUUUCGUUUGAAACCCUAAAAUAUACAUUUUUAAAAACGUUUUAGACGGUUAAUUCUUACUUUUCUUGCGUUACAAUUUUGAUAUUUUAAAAUACAUAUUUUUAUUUUAAAUUAUCAUUUUUAAAACCGGUCAACUGCUUCUGAAUAUUUCAUUGGACAUUCUCAGGCUGUUUAGAAAAAAAGUCUUUGUUUAUAGUAUGUUGUCUAUUGCUUAAGCUGACUUGGGCAUUUGUAGUUAUUGUUUAAAAAAGCAGCUGCAAGAAUACAAUUGUUUUAAAAUUAACUAAAAUCCACUUAAUAUCCAGCGAGCAGUUUGUUUGUUUGCAAUCAUGGACAAUGCACGAUUUUUGACCAUAUUCUGUUUGUUUUGAAAGAAUAACUAAUUUAACAAUUCAGUUUGUUUAAAAGCGAAUACCACAUAUGCUCCUUUUACAUAGUACUAAACUAGACGUACUCCGCUAGUGUAUUGUAUGCAUAUAUAAAACUAGACAGUAUCGUAAUUUGUUAUGUAAGCUACCUUCCAUCGUGUGUUCGCAUAUAUGUAUGUAUAUAAAAACCUACAGACAUGAGUUCAUCAGUAACUACAAAUUCUUACCAAAAACCAAACUAUUUCCCAGUAAUCGUGUUUUUGGGGCAAAGAAAGGGCCGAUCUCGAACGCAUUAAAUUUUAGCUCAGAUUACAAAACAAUUCAAUUCCUCUUGGUCAGUUUUACCGCGUGUUUUGGGCAAGCAAUUCUUAAAGUUACAUUGUUUCGUUUAGCACUUGAUUGCAGUCA